CUCCACACUUUGAGCAGUCAAGAUGUGGGAAAAAUUUAUAUUUCCCGCCCUUGUGGCCGUUACGAAUGUUGUCGUUCAGAAGGAUGGCGACUCACACCAUCUCGGACGGAUUUUUACCCCGCCCCCCUUCUUCCCCACCGAACCGACCGCCUACACACUGCCCGCCUGGGUUACAACGACGCUCAGCCCACCCACCACGACCACAAGUAGAGGUUCCGUGAUUCCAGAUAAAGACAAAGUUUGGGAAGCUCAGAAAUAUUGCGAUAAAGUGGAGGACCAGUUGGACCAAGAAAUGCAGAAAUGCAUAGGGAUAAUAAGCCUUCAAGAUUUGUCCGGUUUGACGAAUUUAUUGAAUUGUGUGAAUGGAAUUUUGCGUCUGGAGGAGGCUGCCUGUGGAUGCGUCAAGGCAGGAAUGCUGUUCUACAGCUUCACCUGGGAUGAUUCCGACCCGCAUGCAAUCUGCUCAGAUAAGGUGAGAUCUUGUCGUCUACCUGGUAAUUCAACGACAACGAACAAGAACGACGUGUUAACGAAAAUUGCUGCAAUGGCGAGUCUCCUGUCCCAAGCGAAAAACCAUUUGGCAGAAGCAAACCAUUCUAUUCAGCUUGUGAUUAGUGACCCUUCCUUGGAUAAAGUUCAUGAGGGGAGUAUCUUGGAAACUUGGUCCUCAGGUCUCCUCCAAUACGGAAGAACCAUCGAGAAGUUGGGGCAACUUGGUGGAGAUACGUGUGGAAUUCUGGAGUCAUCCAUUAUCAAAUUCCUCCCAGAAGUGUGGAGAAUCCAGCAACUUUGUUGGUACUCGCAGGCUCAAUUGGCAGCUCAGGUUACAAAGUGUCACCCUUUGACGAAGACGAAUGAUCUCAGCGAAGCGCAGAACUUGUUGGUGUGCAUUCGACAAGUGCUAAAUUGGGAGGAAGCCACGUGCUCGUGUGCUCAUCAAGGACUAAAACUGUUUGGUUUGAAGGAAACCGAAUUGAGUGCUGUUUGUCCUCUAAAAUCGCACACCUGCCCCAUCACAAAUACCACAACAGGGAUUAACUCUGAAAUAAACACCCUGCAAAAUCUGACCUACGUACUAGGCCAAACCCUGGAUGAAGCUGGCAACCCACUCUACCGCACGAUGGCGGCACAGUCCGUGCCAAAUAUUUUGGUGCAGUGGAACAAUAUCUUGCAAGACUAUGGCGCCGGCCAGGAACAACUUGGCCUCGUAGCAGAUCAUAUUUGCGGCUCGAUAAAAUUCAUAAUUUCGAAGUCGGAGGACCCCAAAAAUUCAACCAUUUUUCCAAAUAAAGACGACGUUUGGCGAGUUCAACAGCAAUGCUAUUUCGAGGAAGAAAAAUUGUUGGAAGUUUUUAAACUGUGCAAAAAUUGGAAAGCUGCAGACGGUCAGCAACCUCUGGAAAACUUGUUCCUUUGCGUGCAACAACUCCAACGCAUGGAGGAGAGCACGUGUAGCUGCGUGAGAUCUGGGUUGUCCCUCUAUGGAUGGAAUGAGACCAGUUUGGACACCAUCUGCACCUCAAACCCAAGAACGUGCGACGAACUUGUUCCCGCUCUCAUGUUAAACGACACUCAGGACAGUAUGGAUUUAAAUCUUCUUAUUUUACGCGGUGGCGGCGAACUUCAAACGGCCGGGGAACCAUUACAGAAACUCAUAGCGGGUGGAUUUCCGCCAGAUCAGGAACACACCGUGCUAGCCAAAUGGGAACAGGACAUCCAAGUUUAUGGCAGAACGCAAGAACUGGUUGGCGAAAUGGCCCAGUACACGUGCGGAGUGAUGAAAGAAGCAAUUUACGAGGGGACCACGGGUGACUUUUCACACCGCGGAAGUAGCGGACACGGAAGUGGGGGCGGAGGGGGUUGUCCCUGGUAUUUGUUCCUAUUCUGUUGGAUUAACGACUUGUUCAGCCCACUCAACUUUCCGUGGGGUGGUGAUCCCCAUCAUGGCGAUGACCCAGUCACGGCACCACCAACGGACCCAACAACCACGUCCACCACCACGACUACAACCACGGCUGCCCCAGCCCCACAAGAAGAUGACGAUAAUUGUCACAUUUCCCUCGAUGCCAACAACAAUUCGACCCAAAACGAAUUGAAAGAAUGUGAAAAAGAGCUAAACAACUUGCAGACCACCGCCCUUCAAAAUCCUGCCCAGCUAAAAAACGCUACCGACGAGACGGUCUGCUGUUUUGAACGAGUCGCCCAAAAAUCUGGCAAAGGGACUUCCCUCUCCAUCGAGGACGCGUCCCAGAUCACUAAAAAUUUCCAAAAGGACUUCUGUCCAAAAGACGAAAAAGUCGAGACGGACGAGUCCCCCUGGAAUCAAAAGUUUGAUGUGGAUCGCAUCCAGAAAAUUUGGAGCAAAAUCCGCUCAACAUUUUCCAACGCGACGGAUAUCCUUAAAAAAGCUGGAGAUUUCUUGGACAAAAAGGACAAUACAAAAUAUAGACAGGAGCUGGUUCUGUACGCCUUUCGCAUGGCGGAAGUCGGCAGCCUGUCCAACAAUAUGAUGGCGACCGUGUACGGGUACCAAAUUCAGAAACGGCAAGAAAGCGUCCAAACUAAUUUUGGACUGUUGGAAGAAAAAACGAGGCAAUGCGACGUCCUAAUCGGUAUCGUAGAGACUGGCGGGUAUGAACAGCGCAUCGCAAGCCUAGACUUCCUAGACAACUGUGUCUCUCAGCUUGCCCCAAUUUUGGAGCAAACUAAAGAAGUCGUGAAUCAGCUGAUAACCGCAAUCCCGAUCGAACCAGAAGACGAUCCUGCUUCAUUAUUGGAACAGUCGGAAGCACUUUCAUCCCUCCGGGGUGAAUGGGACAGCGUGGUCAACAAGGUUCGAACCGUUAUGAGCUCCGAUUUAUCCACGGCGGGAACCCAGCUUAAUUCCGACCUUGACUCGAUGGUUAUUAACGAAGAGACAUUUUCGAAAUUUUCCGACUCUAUGAAACAUUACGCUCUCACAGCAGCCUCAGUUCAGGCUCAAUUGACACGUUUGUACGAGUUAAUCGCAACUUUAAGGGUGGACAUGACCACGACCACCACAACGACGACACCAGCGCCUUCUUUAGAAAAGAUAGAAGCUUUCGAAUCUGAACUUGUACAGAUGUACGGGCAAUUAAAAACCCAGUGGGGAUCCUGCAGACAGAAUUAUAUAUUCUUAACCGACACAAAUCGACCCCAGAACUUGGCUCAUCUUCGCGCAUGCGCCGCUUCCAUGGAACCAAUCGCUUCAGACUUGGAACAGUUCUGCAACGAUAUUCGCGGCAAGUUGGACAUUCCCACGUUACGCGAUGCCGUUCGCGAUCUAGAACGUAAUCUUGGCUCCCAAGUGGAAAACGUCGACGGUGGUUUCGAACAGGGCGACGUGAGAGUACGAACUUCUCAAGCUAGUCUAAAAACCAUACAGGCCGCGCUAGAUGAGGCAAGUAGAAAAGCUCGGAUGAAUGAAUUUGUACAAGAAAUAUUCUACUUUCAAAAAGCAGUAUCCACCAUAAGGUCAAAUUUGGGCGGGAUAGUCACCACUAUUGAUCAAAUUUUCGCAAUCACCACGACAACCCCACCCCCUUGGGAGGGAAGGCUGAUCACUUUCCAGGGUCAAAUUGAGGAAAAAUAUGCCCAAUUGAAGACACAAUGGCCAUCCUGCAGAGCUAAUUGGAUAAACUUAACCCCUGCCAAUCGACCCGAAAACUUGGCCAGAUUGCGAGACUGUGCUACUCAUCUUGCCCCAAUCGCGCAAGAGUUGUACCUCUUUUGUAACGAUAUCCGCGGCAAGUUUGACCUUCCCAAGUUACGCGAUGCUCUUCACGACGUAGAAAGUAAACUCCCAUUCCAAGUGGAAGACGUGGAUCUGGGCUUUGAGCACGCUACCGACAAAAUAGGAACAACCCGCUCAAAAUUGAAGACCAUGCAAGACGCCGACGACAUCGGCAGGAUUUCUAGGAUGAACGAGUAUGUCCAAGAAGUCGCAUAUUUUCAGAGGGACAUAGCCACAAUUCAAACCAGCUUGGAAACCGUGGCUAACACGAUUAACCAAAUAUUCGCAUUGACCACCACAACUACCACAACGACCACGACCACCACGCAAAAACCAGUGGCACGUGACUUACACGACUUGGACUCAUACAACCCGUCCCUGGCGUCCAGAUUUCUCGCCUUGCAAACCAAAUGGAUGCAAUGUAAAGCAAACCCGCAAUCUAGUUUGGUACUGUUUGGAGGUUGCAGCAAUACAUUAAGGGCAUCUGCGGACGAUUUAGUCUCAGAGGUGGACACCUUCAGAGGCACCUUGUUGAACUUGAUUGCGCAAGAUCGAACUUUUAAUCUAAGGACACCAACCUGGGAAGAGUACAACGCGCAACUAAACCAGCUUGUGGAUGAUACCACGGCAUACUUCAAAACUGGCGGGGAUCAUUUCUGGAGUGGAAAUACUAUUCUGGAGAAUGCAAAGAAGGAGCAGGAUUUAGCCACCCAGACUCGCCUGCUGAUAAAUUUCGACAAUGAGGUACAGAUUUUUAAAGCGUGUGUACAAGGAGUUAGUGCCGAAUUGGGAAAGGUUGUUGACAAAGUGCAGGAAAUUAUAAGGAAUCCGCCCCCACCACCACAUCAAGAACACAGGCCUCCGGAUUGCUGUGCUUUUAUGUGGAUUUGCUGUUUCUUCUGAUCGACGUCGAUUUGAAAUUUUAUGGGUUUUGCAGUAAUAAUUUAUGAAUGUUUAAUUAUUCCUUCCGAAUUAAAGAUAGAAAUGGAUAAAUAAUAUGAUUAUUAGUCAUUGAUUAAUUAAUAAAUAGAUUUUCGGAAAAUCUUUUUCUAGUAAUACAUAUAUUCUGAAUUAUGUUAUAUUAUAUUAUGAAUUAUUAAUUCAUACUAUGCAAAAUUCGCAAGAAAUUCGACAAUAUUUGUCUUAUGUGGUUUAUGUAUUUAUUUGGAUAAUAAAAUUUAUUAAAAUCA